UCGCAGUCACCGCCACCCACUAGCUCCGACGCCAGCAGCGGUGCUGCCACCACUACAGCCACCACCUCCUCCGCGUCCUCCUCGGUCCUCUUCUGCUCUCCUCUAUCUUCGGCCUCCGUCGCCCCGCAGGGCCCCCUGAAGUCCAAACCAGCCUUCACACCUGGCAGGUGACUGCAGAUGUUCUUAUGGCCCCAGGUGAGCUGACUAUCGGGAUGGCUGAGCCGCGCCAGGAGUUCAAUGCGAUGGAGGAUCACGCGGGGUCCUACGGGCUGGGGGACAGGAAGGAUCUCCCCUCUCAAGGGGGCUACACUCUGCUGCACGACCAUGACGGGGAUGCCGACCACGGGCUGAAAGCUGAAGAAGCCGGCAUUGGAGAUACCCCCAACCUGGAAGACCAAGCUGCUGGACACGUGACCCAAGCUCGCAUGGUCAGUAAAAGCAAAGACGGGACUGGAAGCGAUGACAAAAGAGCAAAGGGGGCAGAGAAACCUGGAACGAGGAUCGCCACACCCCGGGGAGCCGCCCCUCCCGGCCAGAAAGGCCCAGCCAAUGCCACCAGGAUUCCAGCGAAAACCACCCCGUCCCCAAAGACACCGCCCAGCACUGGUAAGAGAAUGAGCUCAGGCAGCCAGGGCUCUGGGUACGGNNGCCCGGGCUCCCCGGGAACUCCUGGCAGCCGCUCCCGCACCCCCUCCCUGCCGACCCCGCCCACCCGGGAGCCCAAGAAGGUGGCAGUGGUCCGCACCCCACCCAAGUCACCGUCCUCAGCCAAGAGCCGCCUGCAGACGGCGCCCGUGCCCAUGCCAGACCUGAAGAACGUCAGGUCCAAGAUUGGCUCCACCGAGAACCUGAAGCACCAGCCCGGCGGUGGGAAGGUGCAGAUCAUUAAUAAGAAGCUGGAUCUUAGCAACGUCCAGUCCAGGUGUGGCUCAAAGGAUAAUAUCAAACACGUUGCGGGCGGCGGCAGUGUGCAAAUAGUCUACAAACCAGUUGACCUGAGCAAGGUGACUUCCAAGUGUGGCUCACUGGGCAACAUCCACCAUAAACCAGGAGGUGGCCAGGUGGAGGUGAAGUCUGAGAAGCUGGACUUCAAGGAGAGAGUCCAAUCCAAGAUCGGCUCCUUGGACAAUAUCACCCACGUCCCUGGCGGAGGGAACAAAAAGAUAGAAACCCACAAGCUGACCUUCCGAGAGAACGCCAAAGCCAAGACCGACCAUGGGGCCGAAAUCGUGUACAAGUCGCCGGUGGUGUCGGGGGACACGUCUCCGCGGCACCUCAGCAACGUCUCUUCCACUGGCAGCAUCAACAUGGAAGACUCGCCCCAGCUCGCCACGCUGGCCGAGGAAGUGUCUGCGUCCCUGGCCAAGCAGGGUUUGUGAUCGGCCCCAAGGUGGCCCGUAAUUGCAGAGAGAAAGAGAGAGAGUGGGUGACAAAAGAGAGAGUGGAAAACAAGAAUGAUUCGGCCCUUCGCCCCCACCCCCACCCCCCAGCUGCUCCUCACAGACGGGGCCACUCGGCCUUGGCCUGCGUGUGUCGCCUGCUCGGCUUCGGCUCGGGACUUCAAAACCAGCGACCGGGAAUAAGUGCAACCGCCACCUUCCCAACUGGCGGGUGGGCUACUAACAAUAAAAUAUUUUAAAGACGUCAAGACAGAUGGCCACCCCCCAACAUUUCCGUGGACAAUUCCUUUGGAUUCAUUUCCCCCUGCUCCGAGCUGAGGGCAGCUGCUGGGGAAGUGAAGGGCCGGGUCAGCCCCUCGGCCUCAACUGGGGGCUUCUCAGAGGCACAGCGGCAGCCACGGAGCAUGGCCACUUGGGGCAUGCAUUUGUGCGGCCACAGGCAGAUUUUUGCCAACCUUGUCUGAGCGAGGGAGAGGCAGGGGUUGGGCAUGGACGGGGGAGAGGGAGAUUGGCAGCCCUGCCCCCAGCCACAGGAAGGACCACCAGCUGCGCCCAGGCAGGGUGCCACCUGUGGGGAGCAGCGGGGGAGAAGGGUCCCAGGCCCUCUUGGUGGGGUGAUGGCAGCAGCAGGCAGGCUGGCAGGAGGGUAACUGACUUUGAUGUCAGCUGGCCAUCCUGCCUGCAGGCUGGGUCCCUUGCCCUGUGUGAGCCGUUUUAUCGAGCUCUGGAGGAGUCUGGGACUGCAGCCACGAUCUGGCCACCUCUCAGACUCGAGACUGUAGGACUACCCAGUUCUCUCCGUAAGAACUUGUGCCUCAUAGAGGACACCGUCUGUUCCCAUGCCUGGGGCAGCAGCGUCUCUGGGGUGUGGGGACCCGUGAGCUGGAGGGGGUGGUGGUGUCUUGAGCCUCCUGAGUCCACCGCAGCCCGCUGUCUGCCCCUCGUGCCUGCUGCGCGCAGCCGUCACUGCCUGUACUCCCAUGUCACCCCGCCUCCCAUCAGUGACACAGAGGGUUUGAAGUGGGACAGCCUCCCCUGAACCAAGUGGUUGGAACCAAGGAAAGACUAGGCACAAGGUUUGGACCUGUCUCCCAGCCAGUCCUGCAUCCAACUGGUGUCUCCCAUCCCGCACUCCACCAUGCAGCUGGAGCCCAACAUGCAGCUCCACCAGAUAGCCCAGUGCUCAGUGGCGACCCACCAUUCAUCCCUGCCUGCCCACUUCUCCUCCCACAAGGUCCGGUCUCCUUCCGGUGCUGAGCCGGCAGCAGGUGGCUGGGGAUCCUGGCAGGGCAAGCAAGGCUUCCCACCAGGCAAGACCACACUCCCUAAGCCCCUGCACUCCCACCCUCACCCAUCUCUGAGCCUCCUACCACCCACCCAAUCUCCCAGAGGAUCCAGCCUCAGCUCAGUCCAUCAUCUGCCCUCCGGACCCCAGAAAGGGAAACACGCCCCAUUGGAAAUGGUUCUUGCCCUGCACCCUACUUGGAAGCAGUGCUGUCUGUGCUGGUGGAGCAGCUGGGCACAUCCCCUCCCCAGCCUGCACCGUUGUAGUUGGACUUGUCUGUUUAUGCUUGGAUUCGCCAGUGACAAUGAUAGUAUGAAAAAAAGAAAAAAAAAACAUGUAUCUUGACAUGCGUGUAGAGGUCUCUCACCCAGCCCCCAUGGGGGUCCUCCAUGUCCCCCUCACCCCACGUUAGAACUUGGCUUCCAAGAGCACCUGGUGGCUCUGCCUCUUCCGGGGGGUGGGAGUGGGGGUACCAAGUUUUGAAAGGUUUCACCUGCAGCUGGGACCCCACAGAAAAGACCAGAUUCAUUCUGACCCUGAGAAGCCCAGCCAGCUCAGGCCUGGUGCCGAGUGGGGAGAGGUGUGCUGCAGCCAACCUUUGCUGGGGACAGCCUGAGGUUGGCCUUGUCAGUGACAGCCCUCCUGGGAGGAGGGUCUUUGAACUCCUUGCAUCCUGUGAAAGGGGAGCCAGUGCCCGCUGGGAGAGAUCUGCAGCCACAGCAGGCUGCCCUCCCCUCGGUCUGGGGCCCACCCCUCACCAAGCUCUUCCUUAAGAGGGUGCCAGACUUAUUGUACCCAGGGCUGCAUAGCCUGCGCUGCCCGACAGGAAGGGCACCAAGUUUGUGCAAGUGGGCAGCCUCAGGAUGAAUCCUGCAAUUUCCAUUUUGGCUUUUAAGACCACCCUGGGGGUCUGGGAGGUAGGUGUUCUGGGCUUCUCCAGGGCUGGAGACUUCCCUUGCAGAAGAAAAAGUUUCUUAGAAUGAAUCAGACCUUUCUACCCUGUUCAGCCACAGCUGCUCUCGAAGUGAAGGGUUUUGAGGAAGGCAAAGGAAAUAUGAGCCGAAGAUCUGGUGGUAGAUGCCAGGGUUCGGCUGCACAUCUUGUCCCGCAGCCCCAGUGCCCCGUCUCCAGCACCUGGGUCUCACUCACCGGGCUCUGCAGGAUCCCAGGUGGGGGCCAGGCUGUUGGGUCAGCCAAAGGCCACGACUUAGAGGUGAUCUGGUCAGUGUGGCAGGUAGAUGGGAAAGGGAGGCUGACUUGACCAUAAAUGAGGACAAUCUCCCUAGGGCUGGGCGCCCACCCCCACCCCAUUCCCCGUGUCAACCUCCCCUUGGAUGGGUUAGGACAUACUAUACACCUGGUCCCAUUCAUUUUAUCCAUAGUUCCAUUUUUCAAUCGACUUCAAUGGUGAGACUCUGUAUCCUGUUUGCAAUUGCUUGUUGUGCUUUGGGGGGAGGGGGGAGGGACCUGUAAGAAAUGUCACACGGGCAGAAGGAAGUCGAGUGGAGCAGUUCAACCGCCGUGUAACCCUUCUGAAGCUCAACCACAUUUUCUAGAGAGGGUGACGCCACGGAUGCCUCCAGGUCCUGAGGUGUCGCUCUUCCACCGACAGGUUUUUCCAGGUGCAGUGGGGCAGCCACCAAGCUCCCUAUCCCCUUCUCGGCCAGGUGAGGCCCGUGUAGGAUCCUGGAACUUCCAGACUUCUGCUUGCUGCCCCCCUCCCCCCCCUCAGCCCACCAUGGUUCCCUGAGCACCUGGCAUCCUUCCCUCUAGGCAAUUGGCACCUGAGUGUCGCCUUUCCUGCCACCUGCAACUCUUCACCCUCCUGCCUGUCAAGCCGGGAGGUGGAGAUGAAGGCCAGGUGGUGCCCGUCUGCCCGACUCACAGUGGCUUCAUGAGACUUCUGACUGCUCUUCAGCAUGGGAAAGGGCUACCCUGGGCAUGGGCCCACGAGAGCCUUCCCUCCUAGCGGACCUGGCUCGGUGACUGCAGCGCCAGGCAGGGCACUUUCUGGCACUUGCAAGUCCCGUGGUGUCUUUGGGGAUUUUGAGGGUGGUGGGGAGGGACAUGAAAUCAUUUUAGCUUAGCUUCCUGUCUAUGAGUGUCCAUUAUAGUGUAUCGUGUGUUUUAACAAAUGAUUCCCACUGACUGUUGCUGUAAAAGUGAAUUUGGAAAUAAAAGUUAUUACUCUGAUUAAACAAA